GUAUUAUGGCAAAUGAAACUGAGCCGUAAUUUACCUUGAAUAGUCGGUCAUUCCCUUUAAACAAAAAACGACCAGAGAAAACUCAUACAAAAAAUGAAUUCUCAAACGGAUUUUUAACAUAAUCCAAGUGUCGACCCUGUUUUUGAGUUAUACCUGCUUGAUUCACAACUGUACUCUAUAAAUCUAUGUCUGAGCAAUUAAACUUAUCCAUAUUUUGCUUUCUGGAAAUUGACAUUACGAUUUCUCUGUAAAAUUGAAGCAAGAACUUUGCUGGAAAGACAAGGACUUAAAAAGUAGAAUUAUUAAGAUAGAAAAACGACAAUAUCUUUCUCAUUGUUACUCAGAAAAAAGGUGUUACCAUGAAGUGUGAAUUUGGCAAGUAUAUUUGAGUAGAGGGUCAUAUAUACUUAUAUGAACAAUUGUUCAAGAAUAUAUUUUUGUGGUAACAAUAAUAAUAUUGCAGUUUUAUGUUCUCCUUACCAUACAAAUACUCCAAUUAAAAACAUCUCUCAACAUGGCCUCUCAAGGAAAAAAGAUGUUUUUCUACCUGUAUUUUCACUCACAUCUCCUAAUACAAUCCACGUUGCAGAAAAUCCCUCCACCGCACUUGUGAGAACGCAUGUAGCUGUGGAAGCUACUGAAAUGAAGCAAAAGUAUUCCUUAGCAACAAACAAAUUGUCAGAACUGGUUUUAACGCCAGGAUCAAAUGCUACAAACCUAUUACGUCAGAAAGCUACAGCAACAACCAGAAAAACUACAAAAUCAACUACAACAACUACUACUACAGUUGAAACUACAACAGAAACAUCAACUUUUUCUUCUGAUUCUACAUUGUCAGACUCAACUUUUGAUUCUACAAUUUCAUCAUCUGGUUCCACAAUUAGAUCAUCUGAUUCUACAAUUUUAUCAUCUGAUUCUACAAUUCUAUCAUCUGAUUCUACAAUUUUAUCAUCUGAUUCUACAAUUCUAUCAUCUGGUUCCACAAUUAGAUCGUCUGAUUCUACAAUUUUAUCAUCUGGUUCUACAAUUCUAUCAUCUGAUUCUACAAUUUCCUCAUCUGAUUCUACAAUUCUAUCAUCUGGUUCUACAAUUCUAUCAUCUGGUUCUACAAUUUUAUCAUCUGGUUCUACAAUUUUAUCAUCUGAAUAUACAAUUUCCUCAUCUGAUUCUACAAUUUUACCAUUUGUCUCUACAAUUAAUUCAUCUGAAUCUACAAGUAUUUCAAAUAUUACAUCAUCAGAUUCUACUGUAUUAGCAUCUAAACCAACAUCUGCAAAUACUGGUUCAAUUGCUACGACAAAUAGUUUUAUAAAUUCUUCUUCUUCAAGUUCCGAAACAAAAACGACUCUAGCAACUAUUUCUCUAAGUGUCACGACUGACUCCAGAGACUCAACAUUUGCAUCAAUAGGGCCAACAAUAUCAACCGAUUUAUCAACAGUAUCUAUUGUUUCAACAUUUACAACAAUUCUAUCAACAGUUAUUUCUAGUUAUUCAACAGUACUAUCAACAGUAUCAUCAGGAUCAACAGUAGUUCCAAGUGAUUCAACAUUUGAAUCUCCUGAUUCAACACUUUUAUCCACUGGUUCAUCAAUAGUUCCUCCUAGUGAUUCAACAUUGCUUUUAACAGAUUCGACAAUGGAGCCAAGAGAAUCAACAUUUACAACAACGAAUUCCACUUUUGUUCCAACGGACUCAACCCUUGGCUCAUCCAAUUUAACAAGUUUGACAUCAGACUCAACAUUUAUGACUUCAGAAUCAACAGUUUUGAGUUCAGACUCAACACUUGGGAAUUCAGACGCAACAGAAGUGACUUCAGACUCAACAUUUGUGACUCCAGAAUCAACAGUUUUGAGUUCAGACUCAACACUUGGGAAUUCAGACGCAACAGAAGUGACUUCAGACUCAACAUUUGUGACUCCAGAAUCAACAGUUUUGAGUUCAGACUCAACACUUGGGAAUUCAGACUCAACAGAAGUGACUUCAGACUCAACAUUUGUGACUCCAGAAUCAACAGGUUUUUCAACUGACUCAACAUUUGUGACUUCAGCUUCAACAUUGUUUUCUACUUCAUCAACAGAUUCACCACAAGCUACAACAGACACAACAGAAACUGGUUCAACAGGAACAGACACUGCCAACACUGGAGAUGUAACCCUACCUAUUCAAAUAUCUUCCAGCUCAACCUCUACAACUACAAGAGCGACAAGCUCAUCAUCAACAUCUACAACAUUAUCAACAACAUCAUCAACAUCAACAACAACAUCUGUUUCAACAUCAGCUUCAACACCAGAUUCAACAGUUUCUUCAUCUUCAACAACUUCAACAACAUCAACAACAACAACAUCCAAAGGAGCUACUGAAAGUAACCAUGCCUUUACUAACGUGCAAGCUGGGGUCACACUAAGUAAUGAGUUGAAAAGUGCAAUAAUAAAAUACCUUGCAGAAUAUUUAUCUCAGAGUACCAGCAGUACUAGAACAACAACUGUAUCUACUAGAUUUCCCGUAGUUCCAACUAGUGAUGCUAGACCAUCAGGGAGCAAUUCAUUUCCAGACUUUUCAAACCCUAACAGAGGAGGAAUACCCCUGGUUCCUGGAGCUAACAGAAAUCCUAAUAGAUUAAGUAGUAAUAUCUACGGGUUUGACAGAUAUGCUAACCGGCCGCUAUGGAACAACCCUUUACUGUAUGGAUAGUGAUGUUCAUUUAGUUUUAAAUAAAACAACGUUUAUUAUUUUCA